CCAGAGCAGAGCCACAACACUGCCGUUGCGUCCGGCGUCCGCUGCUACUUCUUUGCUUGCUUGGUGCAUCGAGGCACAAUGCUGAACGCCAUGGUAGCGACAUCGCUGACUACGAUCCUCCUAGUCGUUAGCCUUCCUCCCGCACUGAUGCUUGUGCUGACGAGGGUGACGGGGAAAAGAAGAAUAGCCUACCUGCCCGGCAAGGUAAUUUGGAUUACCGGCGCCUCCUCCGGGCUAGGCGAGCAGCUUGCGAUAUCGGCGGCGGCCGGAGGCGCGGAAGGGCUGAUCCUCAGCGGGCGGCGCGAGGACGCCCUGGAGAGGGUGAAAGGGGCAUGCGAAGCUACCGCCAAGGACAGGGAGGUACGAGUCCGGUUGCUCCCGUUCGACGUCGCGGACUUGGAGUUCGCGGAGAAGGAGGCGGCAGCGAGGGCCUUGGGAAUGUUCGGGCGGGUAGACGCGCUUGUGCUCAACGCCGGGAUUUCCACUCGAGGGAGCGUAGCAGAAACACCCCUCGAGGUGGAUAGACGCGUCAUGGCUGUCAACUACUUUGGCCCGGUCGGCCUGGCGAAGGGCCUGCUAGAGGCGACUCGGGAUCUCCCGCCGCCGGAAACACGGAAAACCGCGACGUCGACUGGGGCAACAGCGGUGCUAGCAACACCGACGACGCCACCCGAGGCGACGGCAGCAGAUACUUUCGCUAAAGGGAGUGGCAGCGGGCCAACAACGACGGCAGCAGGAGGGCCGGGUGCAGGUUCGGGAUCGGAGGGUGUCCGGUUCGUGGUGGUCAACAGCGUCCAGGGCAAGUUCGGCAUGGCCAAUCGCUCGAGCUACGCGGCCUCAAAGCACGCCCUGGUCGGGUUCUUCGACAGCUUGAGGGCGGAGCAAGCACGCAGGGGAGUCGGCGUUCUCAACAUCUUCCCGGGAUACGUCCGCACCAGCUUGUCGGUUAACGCGCUCACUGCGGACGGCACCAAGCAUGCUCAAAUGGACGCCACCACCGCGCAAGGUCGUGACCCGAGGGAGGUGGCCGAUGAGAUCUGGCAGGCGGUGUCCGAGGACCAAGACGAGGUGGUGAUUGCCGACCUCAAGACGAAAGUGGCGGUGCUGCUAAGAGCGCUCGCGCCCCGAGUGCUGUUCAGGAUCAUGGCCAAGCGAGCUCUCAAGGCCAAAGAGGGGGCACAAUGA